UUUGUUAAAACCUUGUAGUCUUGUACACAUCACUACUACAACUUGUACAAGUUCAGCUUGGCUCGCUUCUAUGAAGCUGAGCCAAGCCAAGACCCUCCUUAAACAUCAUUAGUGAAGUUGAUUCAUUGAAUUAGCUUAAUGCCUGGUUUAGGAAGCAAACUAUGAAGGAAUAAUUCCUGUGAAGAAAAGAACAACUAAGCUAGCACUAUGUGGGGCUGUUUCUGCACGAACAAUCUUUGUCAACUUAGGCAUACAACCUUUUUCACUUUACUAUGCUGUGCCAUCAUGUUCAGGAUGGGAUUGAAGCUGACAAACCUAUUAAAUUUAUAUAAAGGAUCUUUAUGGUAGGCUGCACACAUAUCACAGGUAUGGCUUUUGAAGAUGGUGCCAAAAAGGAGAUUCAGGAAGUUGGUAGAAAAAUCUCUAUUGGGUCUAGUCUAGCAUCUAUGGAGUCUUUGUCCAUGCCACUGGUUCAGGAGGUUGUUCUUUCUGCAGACAUGCAAUGUGAGAAGUGCCAGAAGAGGGUUACUGAUAUUAUUACAAAAAUGAAUGUAGAGACAGAGUCUGUGGUGGUGAAUGUGUUGGAGAAGCAAGUGACACUCACUUUUAGAUUUCCAACUGUUGGUGAAGUAAUCAGUAAGCAAAUUACUCGCAUCAACAGGAAUCCCCUCCCUAAAAAAGUGGCCAUUAUCAAAAGGAUAUUUCGCUCUUCCAAAGGAUCCACAUGUGCACAAUGAUAUUUUGUAGAUUAAUUUGGCAGUGUACAGAAGAAAGAUUCUAUAUUCAUGAUUGGAUUUGAUUUGUGAUUGCCUAACUAAUUUGCCACAGAAGAAAGUUUCUGUAUACAUGAUUGAACUUGAUUUGUAGUUGUUUCAUGAAUUUGAUUCGCUGACACACACAUAGAGACAAUAGGAGAAGGAUUUUAUUGAUUUAUGUUUAAAUAAA